GCCAAUAUUGCAAUAAUUAAUGAUUGUUCGAAAAUUGAUCGUUUUUUACUUUAAUUAGCUAUUGCUUUUAUCGAGCGUAAUAUAAUUCCCGAUAUUGCCAAUAUUGGCCUAAUUAGGCCAAUGUUGCACGUUUGGGCACGUGUCGUAUGAAAACUCUUUUUGAUUCGUGAUUCGUGACUGGCGAGUCGCGAAUUUUAGUCCAUGAAUAACCCAUACUGCCCAUAACCUAAAAUAAUUUCGUCUUCUCUCGCGAGGGCGCGAGCUCGACAUAUUUUGCGAUGCUUUCAGUACAAAUCUAAUCUGUCGGGAGAAAAAAGUAGCUAGUAAAGAUUGAGAGAUUCUAUCGCUUUUAAUUACGCCUGAUUGGUGUUUGUGUUAAAGACGGCAAUUGAUAAUUAAAUCAGGAAGCAUGUCCAUGCUCGCGGAGCGCCGGCAAAAGCAAAAGUGGACUUUAAAUCCACGGGGAAAGUUUUGGACCGAAGACUCGAACAAAAUCGGCCAGAAAAUGUUGGAGAAGAUGGGCUGGACGAAAGGGAAAGGACUCGGCAUUAAUGAGCAAGGAACUACAGAAAUUUACAGCGUGUCACACAAGAGCGACACAACUGGUGUGGGGUAUGACAAGAAUUUUGAGGAGUGGACUGAACAUCAGGAAAAAUUUGGCAACUUUCUACAGCAGCUUAACAGUAAUCGAGAUCAAGAUGCUGUUAAAGAUGGGGACACUAAUCUCAGCGGACAGUCUAUCGAGCUGAAAUCUAAGCAGAGUCGUGCUCGUGUGCAUUACAAGAAGUUCACGCGCGGUAAAGAUAUAAAUAAAUAUAAAUCAAAGGAUUUGGCAAAUAUAUUUGGUCAAAAAGAAUUAGUUGAAAAAACUCAAGUCAAGGUAGAAAAAGACGACAGUAUUCGUGAGACGGAAGCUCCUGACUUUAAGGAUUGGUAUGGAGUCAACACAAUUAACUGUGGUAACAUGGUUGAAUAUUUUAAACAUAAGUCGAACUAUAGUAAUAAGUCUGAUUACUUGAAAUAUAAUGUAAAGUCACACAAUGAUACAAGCUUAUCAAGCAAUAUGCCUGAUAAUCAAAGAACUGACUCUGAAAGUGAGAAUGAUCAACAUGUUGGUUUUGGAUUUGCACCAAAAACGGUAGAUACAUCAUUGUCCAGUUGUGGAGCGUUAAAAGACUCUGAUGAUAAAGGCAAUUACGCUUUUGACAAUCCUUGCUUGGGAUUGAAUAGUUCUAUAGAAACUGCUUAUAGCACCAAUGGCUUUUCUGUAGAGUCUACGAAGAAGAAAAAGAAGAAAUUUGAAAGUGACAGUUUGCAUAUCACUGAAGUAGAUAAAAAUAAUACUAGAAAAAAAUUAACUGAAACUAUUGAUAGUGAUUGCAAAAAUGGUUUUAUUAAUCCAGCUCUUAAUCUAGACGCAAAACCGGAGGAGGAUUGUAAUGGCAAGGAAUUUGAAGUUUUCAGAACACCAAUUAAUCUUGAAAACUGCAAUGGCUCUUCUACGAAGUCUGCGAAGAAAAGGAAGAAGGAAUUUGAAAGUGACAGUUUGCAUAUCACUGAAGUAGAUAAACACAAUACCAGAAAGAAAUUAAAAUCUGAAAUUAUUGAUAGUGAUUGUAAAAAUGGUUUCAUUAAUCCAGCACUUAAUCUAGACACAAAGCCUGAAGAGGAUCGUAAUGGCAACGAAUUUGAAGUAAUCAGAGCACAGAUUGGCUUUGAAAACUGCAAUGGCUCUUCUACAAAGCCUACGAAGAAAAGGAAGAAGGAAUUUGACAGUUUGCACAUCACUGAAGCAGAUAAACACAAUACUAGAAAGAAAUUAAAAGCUGAAACUAUUGAUAGUGAUUGCAAAAAUGGUUUUAUUAAUCCAGCACUUAAUCUAGGCACAAACCCUGAAGAGGAUCGUAAUGGCAAGGAGUUUGAAGUAUUUAGAGCACAGUUUGGUCUUGAAAACUGCGGUUUAGAUCUGACGGACGAGAGAAACAACAAGAAACGUGUAACAUUCAACGAUCAUGUCAUGUUGUACGAAUAUAAUAUAAAUUCUGCUAAGAAAAAGAAAGGAGAGGUCACAUUGGAUAAAUUUGAAGUUGAAAAUAAGAAGAGUAAAAAGAAGCGGAAACGCGAGAGCACUACAACUCCUGUAACAAACGGAUUUGUUAAUGAAGCGUUAGAUGUACAAAUAUUAUACGAAGAAAUUAACGAUAACAAGUUGAAUGAGCACAGAAAUAAAAAAAUCAAGAGGAAGAUAUCUAAAACGUCCAAUUUAGAAACGAUACAAGAGUCACCAGAAAAGGAGAUAAUUGAAAUCAAUGUAGAAUCAGAAGAUACUCCAGAUAUUAGUAUUGUUGAAAACGGAGAAACAGACACUAUGGAACAACAAUCGAAAAAGAAGAAAAAGAAGAAAGAGAAAAAAGAGAAAAAGGCCAAAGUUGAAGACAUUACAGUACUUUGUGUCAUAAAUAAAAAAACAGGUAUCGAGAUUGAAAAGACAAUUGAGAAAAAAAUCAAGAAAGAUAAGGAGAGUAAAGAAGAAGAAGAAACGGCAAUUUCUAAGAAAUGUAAAAAGAAAAAGAAGAAAGAUAAGGAAAAUUGCAAGAGUGAAAAACGUGCUAUUCAAACAGAAAUAAACAAUGAACAGCAAGAUAUUAAGAUAUUAGAGAAAUCAGAUUCGAAGCAACAAAAUGAUUUAAUCGAAAAUGAAAAUAAGGAUGCAGCAGUAAUGGAAACAUUGCCAGUUUCUACGACUAAAGAAGAAGAGGAAAAAGAAGAAGAACCAUUAGAAAAAAUUAAACAUAAGAAGAACAAAAGAAAAAGUAUCAGUAAGGAAGACUGUUUGAAUCACCAAAAUAUUGAGAUAUUAGAUAAGUCAGAUUCAAAGCAACAAAAUGAUUAUUUAAUCGAACAGGAAAAUAAGGAUGCAGCAAUAAUUGAAACAUUACCAGUUCCUACGACUAAAGAAGAGGAAAAAGAAGAAGGACUAUUGGAAAAAAUUAAACAUAAGAAGAAAAAGAGAAAAAGCAUUGGUAAGGAAGAUAGUUCGAGUGAAAUCGAUGUAUGCAGUGUAGAGAGGAAAAUUUUCGAUAAGGAAAAUACUGACAAAGAGCAAGAUCCAAAUACCAAAAAAUUAGAAAAAAAAGAUAAAAAAAGCAAGAAAUCGAAAGACAAGAAUGUAUCCGACGAUGUAGGAGAUUCUUCCAAUCCUAAUAAGGAAGUUGUAAAUGUAAAUGUUAUGAAGCAGGACAAAAUAGAAAAUGCGGAGCCUACCGAUACACCUUCAAAAAUGAGUAAAGUGAUUGAUACGAUCGACAAUAUAAUCAAUAGUCCAUGGAAUGUAAAAGCAAGGAUGUCCAAGAGAAUACUGAUAACACUUUUCCAUAACAAUGCAAUAUCAGAGUUUCCAGGUUCUAAUAUCCAUAAUAUAAAAGGAUAUGGUGCAGAUGAAUAUGACCUAUAAUAUGUAGAAUAAUGCAUUUUUUACUUAGCAGAUAAGUAAUAGCUUAUUGUUUGACAAGAAUCUUAAUUGAUAUUUAUGACAUAUGCAUAUAUGUAUAUAUCUUUUUGAACAAAAGUAUGCACUUUAAUUACUAUAUGUUGAUUUGUAAUAACAGAAAAUCAUUUCAACAUAUAUAAUCAAGUAAAUUAUUUAUAAUAUAUUGA